AGCCUGCAACACAUGACAGCUCUUUGUAUACAGCCAUUAUGCCCGGUUAUUCUUCUGAUGUCCAAGGCCCCACUACAACAAACUAUCCACAGGCUGAUCUAGAAAGUUUAAAUAAUAAAAGUGAAAAUCCUCAAGAUGAUCAUGAUGAAAGAGGGAAUGACUUUAAAGUGGAGGUGUCUGAUAAAUCAGUGGGAUCCACCCUAGAAGGAACAGACCAAUCUGACACUCUUCAGAGUCAAGAAGUCACAGGCGCUCAUAAUUUAGAAGAUGCUGUAAAUACAGUGCAUGAACAGGAGGUUAAGUCAACCGUAAUGCAAGAAAUGCCUCAAAUUGAUUACGCCUCUGAAAGUGUGAUACAUGAUGCCACAGAAAAUUCUGAAAUCAUUUCUGGAAACCUGGCAGACCAAACUGAAGUCAGUGACACAUACCAGUCUGAGUUGAUUGUGAAAAGAACUGAUGAGUUUCCUAUCAAUCAGGACAUUUCAAUUCCUGACGACAAACAGGAUGAGCAUUCUAAAAAAGAGAGCAACUUUGAAGCUGUAGAGCAGAAAAACAAGGGUUAUUAUGUAUCUGAUACAAAGACACCACAAAUCAGCAACAUAGGAGUAGACACUGCACCAGGUCAGGUAUAUGAGACUAAAGGCAGAAAACAGGAUGAAACUAAACCAAGUGCUGAACACACAGGUCAUCAGGAGAAAGAAGGACUCUUGUCUGAAAUGGAAGAAAGUGAAUCCGCUUUACAAGCCCUGCAAUCAGAAAUAAAUGCUCCUUUUGACUCCCAACCUCAGCAUAGCGACACUGGCUUCAACCCCAUUGGGAACAGAAGAAAACUGGGGUCUAGCCGAAAAAAUAAAGGAAGACAGCAUGUCGAGGACUCUGUUGCUGAAUCAUACCACAAACCUACAGAGGAAGUUGUUGGCGAUACCGGGGAUAAUGAAUCCCUUGAAACAACAGAAAUGUCGUUAUCAAUAGAGACAGCAGUAAAGGAAAAAUCAAUGGAAACUAUGCUGGAAGAAAUGGAUCAGUUUGACACUGCUCAGACUGAAGAUGUUCGUGAUCAAGUAAAAGAAAAUGCACUUGUUGGCGGUGACUUACAUUCAAGUUUAACAGUAGAUCAGCAGAUGAUCGACCAAUCAAAUUCCACAGAGAUGCCAGAGGAGGAACUUUCCAAUGUGUCUUUUGUAAAAGAAGAAAACAAGGAAGGAGACGACGACACAGAAUUGUUCAGGCAGGAUGGACAUUUACCGACCCACUACUUGGUGAGUGAGUCCUGUGUGAAAUCAGAAGAUAUAGAUUAUUCAAAUACACCAGAGAUAACCACAGAUAAACACAACCCCAAAGAGCAUACAGAACCUCAAUGCAGUGUUGAACAAGCAAUAUGUUUGUCAACAAAGAGGGAGUUGCACACAAAUGACGGACAAACUGAGAUUUUCAACUUAUCUGAAGACAAAGGGGCUCAUCAGUCAGAGGAUUCUUUAAACGAACUGCAUGAACAGGAGAUUACGCCAACAGAAAUGCAUGAAGUGCCUCAAAUUGAUGACUUAUCGGAAAGUGUGAAACAUGAUGCCACAGAUAAUUCUGAAAUCAUUUCUGGAAACUUGGCAGACCAAACUGAAGUCAGUGACACAUACCAAUGUGAGUUAAUUGUGAAAAGUACUGAUUAUUCUCCUACCAAACAGGAACUCUCAAAUCCUGACAAACACGAUUAUCAUCCUACAAAAGAAAACAACUUUGAGGCUUCAGAGCAGAAAAAUAAGGAUUGUCAUGUAUUUGGUACCAAGAAACCACAGAUCAGCGACAUAGAAAGACUAGACACUGCACUAGAUCAGGUAUAUAAGAUUGAAGACCAAGUUGAGGAUGAUAUAAAACCCAGUGCUGAACACACAGGUCAUCAGGAGAAAGAAGGACUCUUCUCUGAAAUGGAAGAAAGUGAAUCCUCUUUAAAAACCCUGCAAUCAGAAAUAAAUGCUCCUUUUGACUCUCAACCUCAGCAUAAUGACACCAGCCUCAGCUCAUUUGGGAACAGAAGAAAACUGGGGUCCAGCCGAAAAAAUAAAGGAAGACAGCGUGUCAAGGACUCUGUUGCUGAAUCAAACAAUGUACACAAAGAAGAUGUAGAAAGUACCAGGGAUAAUGAAGCCUUCCAAACAGGACAAAGUCAAUCAAGUCAGGGGAGUGAGAGUGAUAUCAAGCCUGCAACACAUGACAGCUCUUUGUAUACAGCCAUUAUGCCCGGUUAUUCUUCUGAUGUCCAAGGCCCCACUACAACAAACUAUCCACAGGCUGAUCUAGAAAGUUUAAAUAAUAAAAGUGAAAAUCCUCAAGAUGAUCAUGAUGAAAGAGGGAAUGACUUUAAAGUGGAGGUGUCUGAUAAAUCAGUGGGAUCCACCCUAGAAGGAACAGACCAAUCUGACACUCUUCAGAGUCAAGAAGUCACAGGCGCUCAUAAUUUAGAAGAUGCUGUAAAUACAGUGCAUGAACAGGAGGUUAAGUCAACCGAAAUGCAAGAAAUGCCUCAAAUUGAUUACGCCUCUGAAAGUGUGAUACAUGAUGCCACAGAAAAUUCUGAAAUCAUUUCUGGAAACCUGGCAGACCAAACUGAAGUCAGUGACACAUACCAGUGUGAGUUGAUUGUAAAAAGGACUGGUUAUUCUCCUACCAAUCAGAAAAUUUCCAAUUCUGACAAACAGGAUGAACAUCCUACGAAAGAAAACUAUUUUGAGUCCUUAGAGCGGAAAAAUGAGGAUUGUCAUAUUUAUGAUAUCAAGGAACCACAGAUCAGCCACAUAGAGAGAGUAUAUACUGCACCAGGUCAGGUAUAUGAGACUAAAGGCAGAGUACAGGAUGAAACUAAACCAAGUGCUGAACACACAGGUCAUCAGGAGAAAGAAGGACUCUUCUCUGAAAUGGAAGAAAGUGAAUCCGCUUUACAAACCCUGCAAUCAGAAAUAAAUGCUCCUUUUGACUCUCAACCUCAGCAUAGCGACACCGGCUUCAACCCCAUUGGGAACAGAAGAAAACUGGGGUCUAGCCGAAAAAAUAAAGGAAGACAGCAUGUCAAGGACUCUGUUGCUGAAUCAUACCACAAACCUACAGAGGAAGUUGUUGGCGAUACCAGGGAUAAUGAACCCCUUGAAACAACAGAAAUGUCGUUAUCAGUAGAGACAGCAGUAAAGGAAAAAUCAAUGGAAACUAUGCUGGAAGAAAUGGAUCAGUUUGACACUGCUCAGACUAAAGAUGUUCGUGAUCAAGUAAAAGAAAAUGCACUUGUUGACAUUGACUUACAUUCAAGUUUAACAUUAGAUCAGCUAUCAAAAUCUACAGAGAUGCCAGAUGAAGAACUUCCCAAUGUGUGUUUUGUAACAGAAAAAGAAAACAAGGAAAGAGACGCCAACAGAGAAUUGUUCAGGCAGGAUGGAAAUUUACAGAGCAACUAUUUGGUGAGUGAAUCUCAUGUGAAAUCAGAAAAUAUAGAUUAUUCUAUCACACCAGAGAUAACCACAGAUAAACACAACCCCAAAGAGCAUACAGAACCUCAAUGCAGUGUUGAACAACCAAUAUUGUUGUCACCAAAGGAGGAGUUGUCUACAAGUGAAGAACAAAAAGAGCAUUUGAACUUAUCUCAAGUCAGAGGAGCUUGGCAUUCAGAGGAUGCUGUAAAUGAAGUGCAUGAAGAGGAGGGUAAGCCAACACAAAUGCAUCAAAUUGAUAACUUCUCAAUAAAGGAAAGUCUACAAACACUGCAUUCAGAAAUGAAUGCUCCUUUGGACUCCCAACCUUUUGACAGUUAUCAGAGUAUCAAAGGGCAAACUCCCACAGGCUUCAACCCCACAGGGAACAGAAGGAAAUUUGGGUCAAACCGAAAAAAUAAAGGACUGCAGGUCAAGGACACAACAAAAAUUCCAUUGGUAACAGAGACAAUGAGGCAGGAAGAAUUAAAAGAGCAAACCAACCUAGACUUCAAACCUGCUGGGGAAAUAAGACAAUUUAGAUCAACUGUAAAUGCCGAAGAAAAUACAGAAAAGAUGUCGGAGGAAGGAACAAUUUUGUCACAGAAUGUGAUGGACAGUGGAGCAAUUGUGACAAAAGACAUUCCUUCAACCUCAGGCAAAGAUGACUUUGUCAAAACCAAAGAAGAUAAUGAGACGGAAAAUAAACUCAUAAAAGAGACUGAGAAUCUAAGUCAGCUUACAGGAUGUGACACAGUUAAAAUGCACUUGAUACAAUCACCAAACAUCUCAAUUUGGAAAGAUGAUUCAGACAUACAGAAUAUCUCAUAUCAUGAUGAAAAUGUCACCACCAGGCCAAUCGCUGAAGAUGUUCUCGAGCAAGAAGGAGCCUUUCAGGUCCAUGACACGGAAACUUUAUCUUGUGAAAAAGAAAUUAAUAUGCAACAGACAAAUGAUACAUCAGAAAUUGUUGGAGAUGUCACAAUGUGUGCACAAGUUUCUACACAGGAUAAAGAUAAACAAUUUGAAGAUCCUACAAGGAAAGACCAUGAAGCCCAAGAAAUGAAUGUUUCACAGGUGAUCACACAUGCUGAACUGUUUUCUGUUUCACAAAACAAAACUGACACUUUGGCUCCAUUUGACAUUGGUCUUGAGGAAAACAUCCAAGCAGAGCCAGCCGGGGAUGUGUCUGAGGAAAGUGGAAUUUCCAGCCAACAACGGAUACAAGAAAAAACUAAUUUAGAUAACGGUGAAAAUUUACAAGGAAGAUCCAAACAGAAAAGGAGAAAAAUGGGAUCUACUCGCCGGACUCAACUCAAUAGGAAACCAGAGGAAAAGAGAGAAACAAAAGAAAGUGGCUUUAACACAGAAGCUGACAAGAUGGAAGCAGUGGAGGAUUUACAAAUGAUUGUAACUGCAGAGGUGUCACAGAAUGAACAUGCAAAGCCAUCACUGAGUCCUAAGAAUAAAGAACAACAUGAAACCAGCACUGUUCACGACAAUAGGCAAAAGCUACAAAGGUCUGACCUGCAGAGUAUACAGAGCAACAUGAUCUCAGACGUAGAUUAUUCAAAUACUGUCCUUCCUGAGCUAUCUGCCUCCCACAAUAAAGAAGUUGUUAAUCCUGUUAAGUUUGUUCAUGUAUCUGAUGUGAGGGACAGUGAGAGUAAUGUAGAUGUUAGUGUGGAGCCAUCACAGCUAGAUGAUUUUACCACCACUGAGAUGCAUAUCACCUCUGUGCUCGCUGGAAGAAAUUCAAUAAAUCCACUGCUGUCUGCAAAUACGGAAGACACUACAAACACCGGUAUCACAGGGGGGAGCUUUGUGUCUUUAUGUGAGACCACACAGAGUGCACAAAAUGAUGAGAAACGGCCAGAGAGUGUAAACAUAAUAAAUGACCAAGCUUUGAAAUCAGCAGAUGAGCCUGUUGUGGCAGAUUUGGAAACAGUGAAAUCUGUAGUCAGAGGAGGAGCUGAAGAAGAGCAUGUGAGUGCCCAGGCUAGUAAACAAGAGCCAGACGAAGCGAAUGAAGGAGCUCACACUAAAAAUCUCGAGAUGAAGAAUGCAAAUUUAGAUUCAACCAACAAGAGAAGAAAGAUGGGCAGCACCCGCAAAAGUCUCGCAUCACGGACAAAACGGGAAGACUUGUAUGAAAAGCAAGAAGAGGAUAAUGAGGCAACAGAGGUUGCAACUAUUGUUGGAGCUGUAAAGACUGAAAGUUUCUCAGGCAACAUAAGUGUGCUGCAACUUCACAAAGACAGUGGCUCUGAGCAAAGGAAAGAAAAGGAAUUUGAAACCAGUGAGUCUUACUUCAAACCUCACCAGACAUUUGAAGAAAAUCCUGUUUCUCAUGGUCAACUAGUAGAAACAGAGCAUCAACUAACUCCCAGUUAUCUCCCCGCAACACUAUCCACUUCUCCCAAACACGAUUUAAUGUCAGAAUCAGCAUCUAGUAGGAAAAGAAGAAAAAUGGGAUCUCACCGAAAGUCACAUGGACACCAAAACUAUGAAAACCAAACAGCAAGAGGGGACAAAAUAACUGAUGCACAAAAUGGGAGAGAUGUCAGAAGUAUCACAGAUGAAGGUGCCAACAAGACAACUGAAGAGCUGAGGGAAGAAUCUUUGGGCCCGGACAAAAUAUCAGAGGUUAAUAAAAGUGACAAGAAACCAUCAUCCAACAUCAGCACCUCAAAGGCAGCAGAGCAGCCUGUUAGUGAGAAGAAACCUAAAGAAGUGACUCCUGUUCAACAUCCUUAUGCUGAAAUCCGCCUGGCUCAAGAGAGUCAACAGAAGUUUUCUCUGGCAGGUAAUUCCAGGGCAGCAGAUCUUCAAUCAAACACGUAUAAUGUGAUUAUGGUUGGAGACAGCAGUGUGGGCAAAACCUCCUUCAUGAAAAGAGCUCAAAGUGGGAAGUUUUCUUUAGAUUUACCUGCCUCUGUUGGGCUUGAUUCCUGCAUGUGGACUGUGGUAGUGGAUGGAAAACAUGUGGUGCUACAGUUGUGGGAUACAGCUGGUCAAGAAAGGUUUCACAGCAUGACAAGGCAAAUUUUCCACAAAGCCAACGCAUUUAUCUUGAUGUACGACAUCACUUCUUCUCAGAGUUUUUCUGCAGUCAGCUACUGGGCAAGCUGUAUCCAGGAAGGGGCUGCAGAAAAUGUGACCAUUUUACUUGUUGGCAAUAAGAGUGAUCUUGCAGAGCGCCAGGUUAAAACUCAGGAGGUGGAAGUUCUUGCAAAGGAAUACAACUUUGAAUUCAUGGAGUGUAGUGCUGCCACAGGUGAAAAUGUGGUUGAGUCUUUGGAAACUGUGGCCAGGAUGUUGAGUCAAAAAGUUGACACAAGAGAGGAAGCCAUGAAGUUACAGAAAGAGCCCAACAAGAAAAAAUCAUCAGGAUGUUGCUGAACAAGAUAUGUGUCUGAAAACUCAGAAAAGUGGAGAAAUCUUGACCACUGUGGAGCAUCACCAAUGAUUUCCCGAAUCGUUUCAAUUCUGAUUUACAAGGUCCCGAUUCGAUUACAUUUCCAAUUCGAUAUCAAUUAGGUUAGGGAAAUUUCAAUUACAAUACGAAUUUUGCAGGACGUAUGCUGUUAAUUUUACAAGCAAGAAGCAACCCUCAAAUAUUUUUUAGAAUGCACCAGGUUACCCCAAAAAAGUUUGCUUAAAAGUACUUAACAAGUCAUUGACAUACUACAACAGUCAUCAACAUAACAACUGUAGAUUACAGCCAGUGAGUAGAGUGACCAUGUUGAAGAACAUUUUUGUAAAACAACUAUAUCAAGAUAAACCAUAAAAAAGCCCUUUCUCUGACAAAUUGACAGUACAUUGGUCUUUACAAUCAAAUUUAGCCCAGAAAAGGUUACUGUGAGCCGGCUACAGAGCAUUCUCAGGUCCUUUAUAGUUAAAAACAAGUCCACAAAGAGAAAAUUCUCUAUUGUGCGGCUGUUACUUUCAUGACACAAAUAUAUAUUCAAUGUGUAUUUAUAUUGACAUUUUGCUGUUGCUGAAUCUUAACAAGUAAAUUACCACUUGGAAGUUACAAAACGUGGUACCAAAUUGAUAUUAUCAAGGAUCUACUAAAAUAGUAUUUUUAUACAAUUAUACUUUUUUUUUUUUAUAGAAUAUUUCAGUGUUAAAGUGUGUGUAAAAGUAACGUGUGCAAUAAGCCUUUGAACAAGAGCAUCUUUUCAUGUUGUAGCCGUUUAGUACAGUGUUAUUCAAUAAUUAAAUUGUUUAUGAUUUUGUAUGUCAACCAUCUGUUCUAAAUGAAUGGCAUUGGCACCAUUGCAGUUGUCACACAGCUGCCAGAUAAUCAUAAAUAACAUUUCAUACCUCUGUAAUUAAAGACAAUAGCAGUAAAAUUAACAGGCUUUAAAUAUAUAUAAUUUUUUAUGUUUCUGUGUAUUUCCCUUUAACUUGUGCGGCCAAAUACCUAUAAUCAAGUUUUAAUGUCAUGCCUCAUGCUUAAUAAACCUCCACAAUGACAACUA